UAAACCAUACAUUCUUCCAUGGCAAAGUUCAUUCGUCGAUUCUCCAACUAACCUUACCAUCCUGAACUUAGUUGUUGCUUCCUUCCAAUUCCCCACCAAAUCUUCAAUUCUCAUGGCCCGCAAUUUCUCUUUCCGCAUCUACUAACUUUUCAAUGAGUCCAUGUUAACUCCAUUAAUUACUGAUUAAACCACCCAUCCUCUGAACUCCCUCUGCUCUUCUCCUUUUUCCUCUCCCCUCUGCUCUUGAUUAACAUCAUCUUCUUCUUAUCCACCCCUCCAUGGGCACCCCACAAGCAUGGCCUCAAUAUACUGCAGGCAGAGACUGCUCCCUCGGUUUUUGCAGCGUCUACUGUCCCCAAUGGUGCUUUUUCUACUUCCCCCCACCACCACCCCCCUCCCACUCCAAUUUCACCCUCUCCCCUCUCCUCAUCGCCAUCAUCGUCGUCAUCUCCUCUGCCUUCUUCAUUGUCACCGGCUAUCUCAUCGCCCUCAAAUACUGCAACAACCACCGCCACCGAUCUCUCAUCUCACUUAACUCCGGCACCCCCUCUCCCUGGCUCCCCCCUUCUUCCACCGGGCUCGACGCCUCCGUCAUCAAUAAACUCACCAUCUAUCGCUACCGCCGGGGUGAAAACUCCAUCAUCAACGGUGACCGCGACUGCUCAGUUUGCCUUGGGGAAUUUCGCGACGGCGAUAGCCUCCGUCUUCUUCCCAAGUGCAGUCAUGCUUUUCAUAAGAGCUGCAUAGACACGUGGCUAAGCUCACACUCAAACUGUCCACUCUGCCGUGCCGGUGUUAUCGGUCCAGUUGAGCAUACGAUUGCGGAGAGUGAAGAAGAAGGUGAGCUUGUCGUUGAUGUUGCAGCCGUUCAGGAUUUGGAAGAGGAGAGGGAGUUGUCAGAGGGGAGAGAUGGGGAUGAUGAAGAUGUGGUAAUUGAGAUAAGAGAGGAAGCUUACGAGGUUAGGAUGGCCAGUGAAUCGUCGGAGGGGACAAGUACAGUUUCUAUGAAGAGAUCUCUCUCUUCUCGUAGAAGUACUGGAAGUCAUUCAUCGUGAAUUUAUGAAGAAACAUGCUUCUUAUUUUUGUUACCGUAAGCUGAAUUUUCUUGCUGUAUUGUUUGGUUUUUUUUUUUUUCUUUACAUUUUUUGAUGUAAGAAAUUUAUUUGUCACAAACGGCGUUCAGCUCAUGUACAAUUUCCGCGCUAAGACAAGCACUUAGAGGUAGUCGUGCGACUUAGAUGGUA